AUGCUUUACAGAUGGUUGGACUACUCGCCAUACGGACAUCCAGUAGAGGGCACCCUACUAUUACCCAUCAAACUCCCUAUACCAAAUGAAAAAUCGUAUAAUAUCAGUCCAAACAUGAGAUUCACAUUGGAUAAUCUAAUUGAAGGGAUCCAUUCACACGGAAGCCAUUUGGCUUGCGUGAUCGAUCUGACCUACACACGAUACUACGAUCCAAAGCUUGUCACCAGUCGGGGAAUUCAGUACCAUAAAAUUUUCGUCGAGGGUCAUGAAGUUCCACAUAUCAAACAUGUUCGAAAUUUCGCAGAGGUUGUAAAUGCAGUGCGUGCUCGAGAUCCCGGUGGUAUGCUGGCACCUCAGGAUAAGUCACCUACAUAUAUUAUCGAGGAGCUGGGUAGAUCACCGGAGAAAGUCAUAUUUGAUUUUGCACUCGCUCGAGGAUAUCCAAUUGAACGUGACAACUACAUUGACGCCCUGAUGAAGCUGUCCAAAUCGCGUAGCUAA